AUGGCGUACAUACUUGCCCUCUCAGGCGUCGUUGCCAUUGCUUCAGCUCAACAGAUAUACAUACCAGCGGAGGGACCAACAACGAGACCACAAUGCCUUACUUCCUACCAGGCCCAGCCUACGUACGCAUUCUCGGAAUUUCAGUUCACCAUGAACGAGACAGUGCGGACGGCAACGUCAAUCCCACCAGCAACGACCAUCAAUUCUUACGGCCCACCACCAACGACAUCAUCCGGAGCCAGCUACACAACAUGGGGAAACUGGAAUCCCAAUGCGACCACGACGGCGACCGACAGCGCCGAUCCAUACGGGCAAGCGGCGUGGACGUCUCUUUGGGAACUCGCAAACCCUCCAAACUUCACCGAGACAGGGAUCUACUCGACGACUGUUUCGCCGACUCCGAUCCCUUCCAGCGAGCUAGUCCUGCCUCCCAGAGACUACUUCGGUCCAGAAGACUGCUAUAACUUCCCGGACGACUUCAUGUUCGGUGUCAGCGGCUCUGCCUCUCAGAUCGAAGGUGCGACUGCAAGUGAGGGCAAAGGCCCGACACUCAUGGACCUUUUCAUCAAGACAGAUCGAGCAAAGGACUACGUGACGAACGAGAACUACUACCUGUACAAACAAGACAUCGAGCGACUAGCAGCGAUGGGCGUAAAGUACUACUCCUUCAGCAUUCCCUGGAGCCGAAUCCUGCCAUUCGCUCUGCCCGGCACUCCAAUCAAUCAACAAGCAAUCGACCACUACGACGAUUUGAUCAACUUUGUUCUCGAAAAAGGAAUGCUUCCAACUGUCACUUUACUCCACUUCGACACGCCAUUCCAAUUCUUCGCCGGGAAUCUCUCCGCCAUCGGCGUCAAAGCGCCGGGUUCAAUCGGCUAUAGCAACGGAGGCUACCAAAACUCAACCUUCGAAGACGCCUUUGUCAACUACGCCAAAAUCGCCAUGAGCCAAUGGAGCGACCGCGUACCCAUCUGGUUCACCUACAACGAGCCUCUUCUCUACGCCACCAACGGCGUAGCAAUCAAUAACGUCAUCAAAUCGCACGCUCGAGUUUACCACUGGUACAAUGAAGAACUCAGAGGAGCCGGUCAAAUCGCAAUGAAAUUCAACGACAACUUCGGCGUGCCCCGCGAUCCCUACUCCUCAGUGGACAUCUUUGCAGCAAACUGGUUCAACUCCUUCCAAAUCGGUACCUUCUGUAACCCCAUCAACCUCGGAAUCGACUACCCCGACAGCUUCAAAGAAACCGUCCCCGACUACGUCCCACUCUCAGCCGAGGACUUGGCCUACAUCAACGGCACAUCCGACUUCAUCGGCAUAGACCCCUACACCGCCACCGUCGUGACACCCCCCGACCACGCCACAAUCGCCAGCAUCAAGUCCUGCGCCGCCAACACUUCUUCGCCCUUCUUCCCGUACUGCGUCAACCAAACCACCACCAACAUCUACGGCUGGGACAUCGGGUACCGCUCCCAGUCCUACGUGUACACGACCCCUCGCUAUCUCCGCGCAUACCUGAACUACCUCUGGAACACCUUCCGCUCCCCCAUCGCCAUCACCGAAUUCGGAUUCCCGGUAUUCGGAGAGUCGCAGAAGGACUUGGUGGAUCAGCUGUUCGACACGCCGAGGUCGGUGUACUAUUUGUCGUUCAUGUCGGAGGUGUUGAAGAGUAUUUGGGAGGAUCGGGUGCAUGUUGUGGGGGCUUUUGCGUGGUCGUUUAUGGACAACUGGGAGUUCGGAGAUUACGAGCAGCAAUUUGGUAUUCAGACUGUGAAUAGGACAACGCAGACGAGGCGAUAUAAGAAGAGCUUUUUCGAUCUGGUGGACUUUAUGAAAGCGAGGAUGCCGAAUGCCGCAUGA